ACAUAGAUUUACAUUAUUUUGAAAUAUGUGUCUGUCAAGUCGUUGACAUCUAUGUUGUUCUGACUCUUUAAGAAAUGUCAACAGAUGCACUUUGGAUCCUCCAACAAUAGUACAUUUUCGAAGAAUCCGAGCAGCAUAGAUUCACAUUGUUAUAUCAUAUAUUACAUGAGACUGAACUUUACAUUGACAGUGUAUAGAAGUUAGACGUUUUGACUAAUAACAAACUGUAUUUACCUUUUCCGGAAGAAUUUGGACCGGAUAAAAAACCGCUUGAUUGGAGUACAAGGAUGAAAAUUGCAGAAGGUGCAGCAAGAGGACUCGAAUACUUACAUGAUAAAGCUAGUCCGCCUGUGAUUUAUCGCGAUUUUAAAGCAUCGAACAUACUAUUAGAUGAGAACUUCAAUCCGAAGCUCUCCGAUUUUGGACUUGCCAAGCUAGGUCCAACGGGCGACAAGAGUCAUGUAUCCACCAGGGUCAUGGGAACCUAUGGUUAUUGCGCUCCUGAGUAUGCUUCGACAGGAAAAUUGACCUCGAAAUCCGAUGUUUAUAGCUUUGGAGUGGUGUUUUUGGAGAUGAUCACAGGUAGAAGAGUCAUUGACACCUCAAAACCAAGUGAAGAACAAAAUCUUGUUCUGUGGGCACAACCACUGUUCAAGAACAAGAAAAAUUUUCAUUUAAUGGUGGAUCCAUUGCUAGAAGGGAACUAUCCAAGGAAAGGACUGUAUCAAGCACUAGCAAUUGCAGCAAUGUGCCUGCAAAACGAAGCCAGUGUUCGGCCAUUGAUCGGCGAUGUAGUGUCCGCGCUGACGUUUCUAGCCGGGAACAGGAAGAAGGACAAGGACAGGGACGAGGACGAGGAUGAAGCUGCAGAAGACACACCUAAAACAACAUCACAAAGUAAUACAGAUAACACCGGAACUAAUGAAGCUGAUGUCGAUAAAUAACAAAAGUAAAGCCUUCUAAACAUAACAAACACUUUUUUCUUGUGAAGAUUCUUCAGAUUUUGAACAUUGUGUUAAAGUUUUAGAAGGCUUUAAUGUACAUAAAAUGCAUAUAGACUACUCAAGUCAUGUAGCAUUUCAAAGUUUAUUCAAAGAUAUAUGACUAAAGUUCGAUAUC